UCAGAAUCGCUUGUCAUGCCAUGCGAAAAGGGUGAAGUAUCAUAUAGCCUCAAAGGAGUGUUAUACUCCAGCCAGCAACACUUUUCUGCACACCUCAUCAACGAUGAGACUGUGUGGAAAUACGACGGUCAACAAAAUAACGGAAGUCCGCAGGAAGAGAAUACAUCUGCGACAGACAUGAGGAAUCUGUCAGGGCGCCCUGCAAUUGUGUACAUCUAUGCA